AGACGGAGACCAUGUUGAAGAGCGCUGAGGAUCUGGCUGGACCAUACGUCUGGGGACAGUAUGACAUCCUGGUUCUUCCUCCAUCUUUCCCCUAUGGAGGCAUGGAGAACCCCUGUCUGACCUUCGCCACGCCGACACUGCUGGCAGGAGAUAAAUCUCUGUCUAAUGUGAUCGCCCAUGAGAUCUCCCACAGCUGGACUGGUAAUCUGGUGACCAACAAGACCUGGGAACACUUCUGGUUGAACGAGGGUCACACCGUCUACCUGGAGAGGAUGAUUGGCAGGUGUAUGGAGAGUGAACAGUUCAGACAGUUUAAAGCCAUGGGGGGCUGGAAGGACCUACAGGACUCGGUGAACACCUUCGGGGCCAACAACCCUUUGACGAACCUUAUCCCCAGUCUGCAGGACGUCGACCCCGACGACGCCUUCUCCUCUGUCCCCUAUGAGAAAGGCUUUGCUCUGCUGUAUCACCUGGAGGAGCUGAUGGGAGGCCCAGAAGUGUUUAUGGGGUUUGUCAAGUCCUACAUCCAGAUGUUCGCCUACAGCAGUGUCACUUCAGAGGAGUGGAAGAACUACCUGUUCACCUACUUCAAAGACAAGGUGGAUGUCCUGAACAAGGUGGACUGGAACGCCUGGAUGUUCACUCCAGGGAUGCCUCCUGUCAAACCUCAGUAUGACACCACGCUGGCAGACGCCUGCAUCGCUCUGAGCCAGAGAUGGAUCAAGGCCAAAGACCAGGAUCUGAGCAGCUUUAAAGAGUGUGAUGUGAAGGCUCUGUCAUCCCACCAGCUAAUCGAGUUCCUGUCCCUCCUGCUUCAGGAGGAUCCUCUUCCUCUGACUCAUGUGAAGAAGAUGCAGGAUGUUUAUGGUUUCAACACCUGUAUGAACUCAGAGAUCCACUUCAGGUGGCUGAGGUUGUGUGUUCGGUCCAAGUGGGAAGAAGCUGUUCCCAUGGCACUGAAGAUGGCGACUGAACAGGGACGGAUGAAGUUCACAAGACCACUGUUCAGAGAGGUCUUUAACUUUGAAAAGUACCGUGAGGAAGCGGUGCGAGUUUUCCUGGCUCACCGGGCAGCAAUGCACCCGGUCACCUCCGGACUGGUCGCCAAAGACCUGAAAGUGGACGCCAGCCAAACCACCAGUCUGUAAAACAGUCAGAAACCAGUAUUAAUACACCGGACAACAGUAUCAGCAGCCAAUCAAAGCUCUUAUUCUUCACUCUCACCUGUCAGCUGUUUCCUCUCAGACUGUUUGUGAUGAUUUUUAGUUUCUCUGGAUGAACAUGUUUCAUGUCAGAAGAAAUUUUAUUUUAUAAAGAAAUAAAAUCUGCCUGAAGUGAC